AUUUUUUUUUUUCUGUUCGAAUCGAUUCGAGUGUUAAUAAAAAAAAAAAAAAGAAAUUCAUUUUCUUAAAGAAACUCAUUUGAAAACAUUUUUUUUGGGCGCAAAAAUUUGCGCGCGAAACGAUGUUUGAAAAUUCGUGUCUAUAAACAUUUUUGUGUGAUGUUAAAAAAUGUUCGCGGAUCUUCUGUAGUGAAAUAUAAUUAGAAAAUCGUCGAAGAAAAAGGUGGCUUAGGAUUAUUUUUCACGCGCACUAAGAUGGCUCAAGAGGAAUAUUCUGAAACUGGGACCAGUAAUGGUGAGAAGAUGAAUCAGUCCGAAAUAAAUAGCCACUUUAUGGAUCCUCCAGUUUCCGUAUUUAGACAAGCAGCACCACAAUGUAUAGCUGUUGGCGCAAAAAAUCUACUCCUCAUGACUUUUGGAACCACUUUGGGAUUUUCGACAAUACUUCUCCCCGUUCUCCAGGAGGGAAAAGAUAUCAGUGUUACUAAGGAUGAUUUAACAUGGUUAAGUAGCCUCAACCUCUUUCUAGUGCCUAUUGGCUGUGUCUUCAGCGGCCCCAUAUCGCAGACUUUGGGCCGACGGAAAACUAUGAUGCUGGCUAAUUUUCCUUUUAUAUUAACCUGGAUUAUGUAUCACUAUGCAAGUAACUCUACAAUAUUGUUCGUUUCCUUGGUGAUUACGGGGUUAACUGGUGGACUUUUGGAAGCACCUGUGAUGACCUAUGUGGCUGAAAUAACUCAGCCUCAUUUGAGAGGUAUGCUCUCAGCCACUUCAACUGUGGCUGUUAUUCUUGGAAUUUUCGCUCAAAUGUUAACUGGAAGUUUGGUCAGCUGGAGAACAACAGCCCUCAUCAACAUUGCCUACCCGUUGAUGUGUUUCUCGGCUCUCUGCUUCGUCCCGGAAAGUCCUUACUGGCUUGCGAGUAAAGGACGAAUGGCGGAAUCAGAAAAAGCCCUAUGUUGGCUACGUGGUUGGGUUUCAACUGCUCAUGUGAAACAAGAAUUUCAGCAAAUGUGUGACAGUAUGAAAAUCUCCCAAGUGACUAGCAGCGAAAAAACAAAAUCGAAUCCUAUGGAAUAUUAUAAGAAGAGGAAUUUUUACGUUCCAUUUAUGUUGGUGGCGAUAUCAUUCUUCAUAUCCGCAUUUGGUGGAUCAAUUACUCUUCAGACAUUCGCUGUAAUAAUUUUUAAAGGUCUGGAUGCUCCCAUCAAUAAAUACACUGCAACUGUUUUCCUGGGACUUGCAGAACUUGUUGCUACAAUUAUGUGUGCUGUACUGAUUCAUUUUACUGGAAAAAGGAAAUUGACAUUUUUUUCAAUCGUGGGUACUUUCGUUUGUUUCUUUGUCUCGGCCGUCUAUGGAUAUCUUCUCAACAGUAAUGGCAUUGAUGCAUCAAAUUAUGCUUGGCUUCCGACAACCUUGAUGAUUGGGGCUGCCUUUUUCUCCCAUUUGGGUAUUCGACUCUUGCCGUGGAUUCUGGCCGGCGAAGUAUUUACAUCCCAGGUUCGAAGUACCGCCACUGGCAUCGCCGGAUCGUUGCACUACGUCUUCUGCUUCAUCGCAAACAAAACUUUCAUUUACAUGAUGGAAGAAAUGAGGCUUCCUGGCACAUUUAUAUUUUACGCAUCUAUCAAUUUAGCUGGUCUUAUUAUUUUGUACUUCAUUUUGCCUGAAACGGAAGGAAGAACUCUGCUUGAGAUAGAAGAACACUUUUCUGGAAUUCAAAACUUGAAGCACAGACCUAGAAAGGAAAAAUUACCAUCUAAAGAAAAAUGGGCUGUUGCGAAUCCCGCACCUAUAAAUGACGAUAUAGAAAGUAAAUUUUAACGAAAUCUGAAUCAGAUUACCUCAUAUAUGAAAAAACCGAUACUGCGCUCUAAUUUUUCAGCUAUACUCUAUUCCCCGAGAGAAUCACUUACAGGCGUAUAAACAUACGUCUUGUAGGUGCAGCUAUGAAAGCCUUUCUUAAAGAAACGUCACCUGUAUGCUGCCUAACGUCAUGAAAAAUUAAGUGCCUGCUUCAAUGUUGGAAUUUUUUUGUCCUGGCAACACUUUCGUUGACAGUAUCUUAGCCCAAAUAUGUAAAGAUGCGUGUCUGCAAAUUGUUAUCUCGAGGAAUCGAUUUUAUACUCUAUUCCCCUCAAAAACUUUAUUCUUUUAGGGAAUAGAGUAUAUACUUUAUUCCCAGAGAGUAUAAAUUAGAGAAGGAUCAACUUAAAUUUACUUUGCGCGGCUGUGGAACCCAGUGGGUACAAAGUUUGUCGACGUCUUUACGACAUUGUUACGACAUCCUUACGACAACUUUAUGACAUCCUAUGUUCAGGU